AUGGCGCAGCCGGACUUUGCCUACCGCACGUCGGCCGGUAUGCCAAGUGACCCUUGGCUCUCUACGCGCAGCCCGCUAUACAACGAUACAACAUCAUACCAGCAGCAGCAGCAGCACACCAACAACAACAACAACAACAACAACAACACCUCCUCGUUCGAUGUCACGGGCAGGGGUCCCUAUCGGCCGCAUAGCGUGGCCUUCUCGACAACCGGAAAUGCCUCGACGUAUAACCUGCCAACGAACGCCGUGUCGGUGGCGGCCCUAGGCAACAGCUUCCUCAAGAACCAAUACAACCUUGGACGAGCCGGUCCCUUCCUCGUCGACCACGGCGCUGCUGCCGCCGCCGUCGCGCCCACUCCCCAGCUUUACAACCCCCGACCAGCCCCCGUCGGACCGGCCUAUACUAGCGCGCCAAGCCACGGCGCCGUCCACGGGCACCUUAACGACCAGUACCGGACCACCGCGACCAACCUCAACCACACACAGGUACAUGGAGGAUGGGGGGAUCAUCACCACGCAGGGUCGUCGUCGCGGUUCGCCUCAUCGUCAACGGACUCGGUCGACGACAUCAUGGGCUCGCCUAGCCUCUCCGACUACUCGCUCGACAACCCGUCGCUCUCAACAGCACCAUCCAGCAAGCCGGGAGGCAACAAGAACCAUCAUAACCACCACAGCCAUAACCAUAACCACAACAACCAUAACGGCGGCAAUGGCAAUAACCGAGGCGGCCGCUCCCAGCGCCGCCCCUCCAACCGCGACGAGUUCGACGGCCCCCACCAAUUCCUCCAGCGCCCACCGCCCGAAUACAUCGCCAUGCAAGAGCGCGAGCUCCCGCACCUGCCCACCAACCUCCUGGUCCAAGAACAAGACUCGGUCCUGACACAAGUCAACGACCGUCUCUCGCAAUGCGCCUACGACUUCGUAGCCAAGUACCAGUUCCCCAUCCCGCUGACGCAAGACAUGCGGCCCGUCGAGCGCCCUCAGGACCGCGAGUGGACCGAGUGGGUUUACCUUUUGAAGAGACUUGCGACCAAAAGAAGAAUUCCUGCGCGCGUGCUGUAUAACGGUCAGAUCAAGCAGUUUGUUACCAUCCUGGAGAAUAGUCUGGAGAUGAGACAUGCGGCUAAGCAUCAGAGCCGGCCGCUGAAGGAUGAUCGGAAUAUUUUGCAGCUGAUCUCGGCGGGGAUCCAGGUCGCGAAGAUUUUGAAGGAUGCGCCCGCUAUGGACUUUUUGGAUAAGCUUUAUGUGAGCACGGAACAGCAGAUUCAGGAGCGGGCGGCGGCUGCUGCUGCUAGGUUUCGUUGA